AUGUUUUGGACACAGAGCAGCACCACAUCUUCCAAGAAGACAAAAAAGAAGAACACGGACAAGACACAUAGGAACGCACUCCUCCCUUGCAACCGCAUUCUGGAUAUCAAGGAACUCUGCGACCUCAUUUGCUCAUUCUUGCCACGCCAGGACGAUAAUGGCAAGCUUAUCUAUUUUUCCCCUGUCCUUGUCUGCCGGCACUGGCACAGUUACUUUAUAUCGUACCAUGUGGAGGAGAUAUUAUUUAUCCACAAGUCCUCGAGCAAGCUGACAAGCCUUGUCAAAGCCCACGGUCACCUUAUUCGUCAAUUCUCCUGUGGAGCGGUAGACAAGACCAUGCUGAUGACGUUGGCAGAGUACUGUCCGUUCUUGGAAGAGGUUAAGUUCGAGUUUGGGAAGGAGGUGUACUGGAUGGAGUAUGAGUAUUUGGAGAGGAUAUUUCGGAUCUUGUCGCAGGCGCGGUUUCAAGGGGAUAGUCAGGAUCGGGAUCAGCUACCACAGCAAGAACAUGGACAGGGACAGGGAUAUGGAGAGAAAUCGGUGGAGCAUAAACAGAGCUCAGGGGAUGCUGUUAUGAGGCGUGAGGUUGUGUCGUGUUUUGGCCAAGGAGAGGAGAUUGGCCUGGGCGUGGAGGAUGAGAUGCAGGAGGGGGCAUUGCCGUCUGCAGCUGCAACAUAUAUGGGGUCAGGAGCAGGAACACAGGCAGGAGCAGGAGCAGGAGUGGACAAGAAUAUAGAGAGCAAGCCUUUCAUCCUUCGCCAGCUGGAACUACGAGGAACCUGCGCCGAGAUGGACACCCUCCUCCAUCUCUUCAAAAGAUGUCCGCUCCUAGAACAAGUCUCACUCUUCCAGUCCUGGUCAGCACUCCACUCUGACCACUGGCACGCCCUCUCAACCCACUCCCAACAAACACUCCGCGCCAUCCGUUUGAGCGCAUACAAUUACAACCACCUCGAAAUCGAUGAACUCAACAUCCCAGACCUCUUCACCCUCUUCCCGCAACUUGAAAUCCUUCAUGUCGUUGAAACCUCACACCAACAUCUCAACCUUACGACUCUCGACUCUUCCCUUUCGAAAUUGGAAUUCGAACAACAAGGACGGCCGCAUCCUUUGAGAACCUUCUGUGUAAUAGGGAAUUUUGACGAUGCGCUCGCCAGACUGGUCGACGUCAUAUCCUGUCCAUACUUAAAGUGCCUCGAGACAUUGAAGGUUGGGUACUUGUACACAUCGUCCAGGUACCAAGUCUGGACGGAGACACCCGAGACCAGCCAUCAAGGAGCGCUCUAUGAUUUCACACGGUCGUGGGAGGCGGUAGGGAGGACGCUAGUGCGACUGGAUCUGGAUGGAUUGGAUUUCCCGGAUAAGCAGGUCACGGCAAAGUUCUUUCGGAAGCUGGAAGGAUUCCGGUCUCUGAAGGCCUUGAGGGCGUCAGUUCGCCACUUCCAGGAUGUCAUAUCCACCAUCAGUUCUUACGGCAUUUCACCAUUGUCACCCUCAGCAACAACGAGCGACGACACACAGUCUAGCGAACCAGCGAACCUCCCGGUCGUCGACUAUUGCUUCCCCUCCAUCCAAGACCUCCUCAUAAGAAACCAACACUGUGAGAAAAUAAUGUAUGGUAGAAUCAAUGAUCCAACAUUUUCUUCGGAGAAGGAAAUGCUCUCCCUCGACCAGAUGCUGUUCCUCCUUGUAGCAACCCCAUCCCUCAAGAACCUGUUACUUCAGUUCCUGUGUGUGGAUGACGCGACUGCAGCGGUUGUUCGAAGCCAGUUUCGAGGUGUAUAUGUCGAUACCAAUCAUCAAGAAUACCUGUCCUGGUUCGAUGAAUAG